GGAUUUCUGUCAGAGCCACGACGAAACUGGCGCCUCAGGGAUAGAUAUAACAAACCACUUGUUUCCUGGGUUUCAUGUUUCAUUUAAAAAGGAUAACUGAGAGAUUUCAGUCACUGGCAAAGCAUUCUGGGAUUAUUAUUGUUUUACAUGAUUUUUUACUUGGUAAACUGGGCCAAUAAUAAAGGAUGAAUAGAAGCCACUGCCUGCAGUUACUAGCCCAGGCUAAUGGCACAGACAUGCCCAGCCAGAAGAGCUGACAAUCUAGUCUUAUCCCUGUGUGGGACGACUCCAUCAUUAAAUCGCUUGUGGGAAAUAUGGCUUCUCUGCAGCGACUUGUCCCGGAGUUAUCCAUCAGCGUUAUCCCUAGAGCUGGAGAAUAGAACAGUCUCUGACCCACAACAACCCUGAUUUUUUUCCCCACCGCCCAGGGUCAGCGCUGUGACUGAGGCAGGAUGGGUAAUAUUGUUGCUAUGGCCGCCUUUCCGGCGUAUUGGACAGCGCACAAAAAAAGCGUCACCUUGCCCAACCCGGGGAGCUUUGAUGAGCUGCACAAAAGCUGCAAAGACGUGUUCCCACAGCAGAUGGAAGGUGUGAAGCUAAUAAUCAACAAGCCCCUUAGUAGUCACUUACAGGUCAGUCACUCGAUUCACAUGAGCACAGUGGGCCAGUCUAAUUACCACUUCAAUGCAAAGUAUGUGGGAGAUUAUCAGCCCAGCCCUGCAGAGACUUUCCCUAUGAUGUCUGGAGAUGUGGAUAACGCCGGGAGCCUUAAUGCUCAGAUGAUAUAUCUGCUGGCUGAUCAGAUCCGAUCCAAAGCCGUGUUCCAGACCUAUCGCUCUAAAUUCCUUACCUGGCAGAUUGACGGGGAAUACAGAGGGGAUGAUUGCACAGUGACCAUGACCUUGGGGAAUCCUGAUAUCCUCAAUGAAUCCGCAAUCCUGGUGACCCAUUUCCUACAGAGCAUCACUUCCCGGCUGGUCUUGGGAGGAGAACUGGUCUAUCAUCAACGAAUGGGAGAAGAAGGAGCCAUCUUUACCAUGGCAGGGAAAUAUAGCGCUCCCAAUUGGGUGGCAACUGUAAAUAUUGGCUACGGGGGUGCUCACGCCAGCUACUAUCACAAAGCCAAUGAGCAGCAGAUCCAAAUUGGGGCUGAGUUUGAAGCCAACACGAGGCUCCAGGAGACAUCCUUUGCGUUUGGCUACCACCUGGACAUUCCCAAAGCCAACGUGGUUUUUAAAGGCUCAGUGGACAGUUCUUGGGGUGUAGGGGGCGUCCUGGAGAAAAAGCUGCCCCCGCUGCCUGUUACACUGGCGCUCGGGGCUUUUAUGAACCACUGGAAGAACAAGUUUCACUGUGGCUUUAAUAUCAUGGUGGGAUGAUACCGACCCCGGCUCUUGGUGCGGAAGUAACUUGUCUCACAAUACUGGAGACCCAGUGUCCUAAAUAUACAUUCACAGACUGCACCCCUCCCCCGAUUUGAGGAGCCGAGGCAGAAUUUGUCCCACGCUAAAAACAAAAAGGGUUUAGGGCACUCUAGGAAUCCACGUAUAGAUCAGACCAAAAGUCAAUUAGUUAAAAAGUAGAAAAAAAUCUUUAUUUAAACAAUCAUCUCGAGCCGAACGCGUUUCGUGUUACUGUGACACUUAAAUCAUAGGCUUUGCAUUAGUCCAAUGGCCACUAGACCUGGAACCUGUUUUGUUUUGACCAAAAGGCAGCUCCACACAUGGCCUAUGGACUGAAGCUUCAUUCCUAGUACAGGUAUGGGACCUGUUAUCCAGAAUGCUUGGGACUUGGGGUUUUCCAGAUAACAGAUCUUUCCAUAAUUUGGAUCUUCAUACCUUAA